AUGGCUUCCAUCUCAGAAGUAUUGCGGUAUGAUGCUUUGGAUGGUUCCCUUAUAUCACCCCUUACAAUUACCGCAUCAAAAGUAAGGACUACGCUGGUUCGCGACGCAGUGGACACACAAGAUCUUUGUGAUUCUCCCGUGACGCACCUCUGUCUCUGCCGUUUCUCUACUGCUCAACUUUACGCUAUAAUAUAUAAACCUGCCUCUUAUGCUCAAGCUCGCUUGCUACUGUCUCAAGCAGGUCCUGCUGCCAAAGUUUAUGGUUGUGGUCAAGCGUGCCGCGACAAUGCUCUGAGUUCGCGAGAACCCCGGUUUUCCUAUAAUUGGGACCUCAUCUGA